AUUCAAGGAGUUCCAGAGGCAAUCUUCUCCAAAUCGGACUUGACCUGGCUACACAGAGCUUGUGUAUUAAAUAAAACGAACAUAACCCGAGUUAACUAACCCUCCACCAGCACUAUAUAUACACAUAUAUCCAUAUAGUCAAGGAUCAGGAUGCGGAAGGUGCAGGUCCUAGUGCAGACGCGCGAUGGCCGGAAGACCGUCUACGAGGUGGAUCGCUUUGGAACGGUGGGCAAUCUGAAGACGCGGAUUGGACGCGCCAUGUCCGUGCCCAUGGGCUUCAGUCGGCUGUCGUACAAGGGUCGCGUGCUGGCCAAUCAGAGUGUGCUGGAGAAUGUGGGCGCCAACAAGAUGUCCACCCUGGAUCUCAGCUGGGAGCCGGUCGUCCUAACGCCCAAGCAGAUAAGCGAAAAGGAGAGCGACUGCGGCAAGAUCGAGGGCUAUGGCCAGAUGGUCAGAACUGGUGGCCUCAUGCAGACAUUGGGCAGUUUCCAGGAUGCGGAUGCCGUACCAACAACGGAUGGCUCCAGUCCGCGGCAUCUGAACGCGGAUGAUGAGCUGGAGGAGGAGCUGGAGGAUCAGGACACGAACUGCCCAUCUUCCGAUGGACUCGAUUUCUUUUCCAUUCAGCCGAGCUUCAAGAAAUCCAAUGACUUACUGGCCAAAGGCCAACGAGAGAUGGCGCCAUUGGAGACACCAGAGUCACCAGAGACACCAGAGACACCAGAGACACCAGAGACACCAGAGACACCAGAGCCACCAGAGACACCAAUGACACCAAUGACACCAGUGACACCAGUGACACCAGUGACACCAGAGACACCAGAGACACCAGUGACACCAGUGACACCAGAGCCACCAGAGCCACUGAAUCUGGCCAAGAAUGUGGAGAAAUGUGGCGCAACCAAGGCGCCCGUUCACAAGAAGAAGGGCAAGAAGAACCGCAAAAAGAAGUAGACCGUUGAAUAUUUUGAUUUCUUGAUUGUCAAUUCGAAAUUGCCUCGAAAGCAAGCGAUUUUCAACCUUUGAUUUGAAAUCUAAAUUUGCGUUAACAGCAAAACUAAUAAAACAAAACCCUCGAUAGCUCGAAUUCUUCAGUCAA